AUUUUGGUUUCUGGUUGCACGUGAAGGGUUUGCAUGACUUUUGGUCCCUCGCGGCUCCUGUAGCAUCCCUAGUAACCGCGACCCUGGUAACCGCCCGCCAAGAGCUGCCAGGUCGCGGGAGGCCGCGCCAGCUUACCCGCCCCGGGCCGGCGCUGGCGCUGUGGCCUCGGAGGUGCGGUGAUGGCCUCCUCGCACCGGGAGGCGAAACUGGCGGCCGCCAGUCUCCACCUGCCGGUAAACCCCAGAACCGGAGCGCGGGUCGCCCAGUACGAGCGCGAAGACGCCUUAGAGGCCCUGGCGGAGGCAGACUCGCCGGAGGAGGAGCAGGUGUCGCGGCCCGCGCGGGCGUCGGCCGGUUCUGACACCUACUCUUCUAUGCUGGGAAGAAACAUACACUGUGGCGACAUUUUGAGCUUUUCUGACCUGUGCCACUCUAACGAAGAGUAUUUCAGGAGAGUAGAGGAGCUGAAGGCGGCUCAUACAGAAACUAUGGAAAAAUUAGAGAAAAUGUACCAGAAUAAAUUAAAGUUAAAGGGAUUUCAGCCAGUGGCCAUCAGGGAAGAUGUUCCCAGCAACUCUUCCAGUUCUGUAUCGGAAAGUAAUUCCUGUCGCCCUGUUGUGUUAAUGACGUCACUUUCGGAGCCAGACUUAGGCCUGUCUUCCUCCGCGUAUACUUCCUCCUCUGAAGAGGAGCUGCCCAGCCUAGAACAAGAGCACCCCGGGAAAGACAAAGUGAUGACCCGUGCCAAGGCGCUCAUCAGCAACAUGUGGAAGAACUUCUGUGUUGAAGAUUAUAUUCAGGGUGAAGAUACUGACUUCCAGGUAGCUGAAAAAACAAGGAAGAAACCAAAAGAAUGGGUGCCCAGCAUUACCGUACCCGCACCUUUUCAAAUGAUGCUUAGAGAGCAGAAGAAGAAGGAAGAGGCCAUGAAAUCUAAACCAGAUAGUGACAUAGUACAGAAACUGCCCCAAAAUGAAGACGAGUCUGAGUGUAAGAAGAAAUUCCGCGCCAAUCCUGUUCCUCUGAGUGUCCUCCUUCCCCUUUAUCAUGAGCUCGUUAAGCAAAACGAAGAACAGAGGAGGGCCAGGAAGGAGAAGAACAAAGAAACCCUUUUGGCCUCACAAAAGCCAUUCACGUUUGUUGCAAGAGAGGAGCAGAAGCAGGCAGCCCGGGAGAAGCAGCUGAGAGACCGUUUGAAGUGUAAAAAGACAACACACCGGUUUAAAGCCAGACCCAUACCUCGAUCUACUUACAGUUCAGCUACCAGCGACAAAUUAAAAGAAGAAGAGCUCCUUAGGAACCUUAGGGCACAGCUGAGAGCCCAAAAGCUUUUAGAGAACUCAUCCCCUCUGCCUCACAAGCAUGUCAGGAGCCCCAAGUGUCCAGAGCAGGCUGGAAAGUUAAGGAAUAAACACACGGCCAGGUUCCAGACUCCUGAUGUUGAAGACCUUCCUGAGGAGUGUAAGAAACUCUUCUCGGAACAUAAGUGUCCAAAACUCUCAGCAGUCCGAAGACCACUUGAUCUUCAUAUGCGCUCGAGUAAAUGUGCUGAGAGGGAGAACGUUUCGGCAAGUGAAGAAAAUCUGAAACAAACCCGUGGGCCUCAUCUGUCUCCGAGGCGUGAGUCAUCAGGCAGAAAUGCAUGUGCUAAGCCCGCAUCUUGCGGCUGCAAGCCUCCCGUGCCCACAGCGUCCUCCAGCAGACGGGAGCAAGCCAUCAGGAGAUCACUUGAGGAAAAGAAAAUGUUGGAAGAAGAAAGAAAUCGGAUCUUAACUAAGCGGAAGCAAAGAAUGAAAGAACUGCAGAAACUCCUGACAACCCGGGCUAAGGCUUAUGAUCCACAUCAAAGUUUAGCUCAGAUGUCUAAAUCCAAAUUAAAAUAUCUCAGAAAGAGUGAAAAGGAAAGGAUGAGAGAAUACCGAAGAGAACUAGAAGAAAGAGAAGACAAAUUAAAAAUGAGGCCACUACUAUUUGAAAGAGUUUCUCAGGUUGUGUUCAUUGGAAUUUAAGAGCUAUUGUCAGCCUUUUUGUCUUAUUUUGUUUUAACACCUCUAGCUCUCAAACUUACAGUCCAGUUUUCUUAUGUGUCAUAUAAUUAUUGAGACAUAUUAUUGUUUCUGUGACAGCUUCAUCAAAUCAGCCAACAAAGUGAUUUUUCUUAAAAUUUGAGCAUGAAUUUCCAUAAUGAGGCACAUAAGCUUGAUAAAGAAGGUGCUGAUAAUCCAGUUCUCAAAAUAGUAGUUUCACAACCUGUUUUUCUUAAUGGCUGGUCUUUAAGUAUCAAUUUGGUUAUAUAUUAAAGUGAAGCUUCAUGAAAUAACUUGGACAUCUUUGAAGAAUUAAAAAAUGAAACAAAUCACUAAUUGAAUCAGAUUUAUUUCUGCCAAUUAAAAAAAGUAAAUCCAUCUUAUGUACAGUUACUAAAAAGACUUCCUUGGUAUAGGAAAAGCAAGCUGGUCAUAUAGACAGUGAAUCCUGAUUUUUCCCUAAAUGUAGACUCUGUUUUAUUGUUUUGUUGUUGUUGUUGUUUUGG